AAAAACCUUUAAGCUUCGUCGUCGUUGAUCAACAUCAAAAUCUUCAUUUUUCGAUCUCCGAUUUGCUCCAAAGUGUGAGCAAAAAUGCCGUUUGAAGAGAAAGCAGGAUGGGAGGAUAGCAAUUCCAAGUUCUGCGGCGUUGAAACUGAUUUCUCCGACGAUGUUUCUUCUCUUCUCUAUUUCAAUACCGACAAUGGCCGCUUCGAUUUUGUUCUCGCUCCUUUGAUGAAUCCUUCUUAUAGGCCUGGUUUAGUCGAUGAAAGCAAUUAUGAUACUAGGGUUCUUCCAUUCGCUGACUCUCACUUAAUUGUGCCACCUUUUAGAUGGAGAAUGCGUGUUUGGUACGAAUGGUCCGUGUCUUUGCCUACACUCUCACCGAUUCAUAACCCUAACGGAAGUUCAUGCUGGAUGGGUCUUUAGGAUUCUUAUAGAAACACAGAGAAGAUGAAAGAUUUGUAAGUAGAAGCAAAUCAAAGCUUGUAGAGAACUAUUUGUUCAACAAUGUAUAGUUUUCAUGGGUAUAUAAUACGAAAUCUUGAUUGUGUUGAAAACGUAUAAAUAUGACUUUUCGUC